AUGAGCUGUAGAGCAGGGGUUUUUAAAGUGAAUAUGAACUUGUUUGGGGGGUUUGUGGCUUUGCUUGUUUUCGUAAAGUUCAGUUUCGGAAACRUCUUAAAUGAUGACAGAGGAGUAGUCUUUAACAGCCAUCCUGGUAAACUGUUGUCCAUUCCUGCUGAAAUGACAAAUGUCACUCARAUGUCUUCAAAAGUAGACGACAACAUGGACUGCGUGUUCGCCUGCACUGGACAAACAUGGUGUCGAUCAGUGAAUUUCAAGAUUGUUCUUGAGAAAGAUGGAAAACACAUCUGUGAACUGUUAUCGGCUGACAACUUUACCCAACAAAKCAACAUCCAGCAAAAUUCAAGUUUUACUCUUCUUAGCAUAAAGAAUCCCUGUGACGUAAGCCCAUGCCAGAAUGAUGGGCUGUGUGUGAUGGUCAACCGAGUCGACCGUAUCUGCGAGUGUAAUGGACGAURUGUUGGUGCAAACUGUGAAGUACCAAAGUCAUGCAGUGAGCUGAAGAAGAUGUUUCCCGACAUACCAUCGGGUAACUACGUCAUUGAUCCSGAUGACCAAUCAGAGCAGAAGGCAUUUACUGCAUACUGUAAUAUGACUGACAAGGGAGGGGUAGGUGUUACUGUUAUCAGUCAUAAUAGAGAGGCCAGGACUCUUGUUAACAACUGUCCAGAUAGUCCAGGUUCUUGCAAGCAUAGUAUUUCAUACAAUGGAGUAUCGAUKGCACAGUUGGCAAAACUGGCACACAUAUCCGCACAUUGUGAGCAGUUUAUCCAAUUUGAAUGCCUAAACGAUGUCAAGUUUGUGGCAGACAACCCUAGUUACGCUUGGUGGGUGUCACGUGAUGGUGUACGUCAGGAGUACUGGGGCGGGGCGACACCAGGAAGUGGUAAAUGUGCCUGUGGUAUGACCAACACUUGUAAUGAUAAGUCAAAAGGAUGCAACUGUAACAACGCUGGAGAUAAAGAUAAAGGAUGGUUUACUGACAGCGGUCUACUCACGGAUAAAUCCACUCUUCCCGUGACCCAGAUGCGGUUUGGUGACACAAAUGAAAUUCGUGAGAAAGGCUACCACACCCUGGGAAAACUGAAGUGCUACGGGUAAACAUGACGUCAUGAAAAACACGCUAUAAAGAACUGUAUAUGACACAAUUGAAUAGUACACUUUUCUUAGGUGAUUUUGUAUGAGAAUGAGAAUAAUAGCUUAAUCGAGCGUUCUAAAACUCAUGAAUUGUUCAUUAGACAUUCUUCCAAUGAGAAUUYAACUAUGGGUCACGUGACAGGAUCUAUAACUGAAGUUAUAAAUACUGAUGAAUUAAACA